CCAACCUCCAUUUCUUCUGAGCGCUUGACCAGUCUCAUUUCCGGCUCUUCAAAAUGUCGGACGCGCUCUCCGUUGAACAGAACAACAAAAUCCGAGCCGCGCUCGGCCUCAAACCCCUCCCCGUCCCCGGUGCCGACGCCACCGCCGGUCCCAGUUUCAAAGAGCACGAUGAUUCCGAUUCGGACGUAUCUUCAGACGAAGAAGACCCAGCAAGCACAUUAGAAUCCCGUCAAGCGCAAGCCGGCGAGAACUGGAAAAAACUCCAAGACGAAGCCGAGGCGAAGCAGAAACGGGAGGAAAGGAACGCAGCGAUCAGAAGGGCGCGCGAGCAGGCACAGAAAAAUGCCAAGCUCGAGGGUUCGACGCUAGGUGAAACGGGCGGUGCAGAGGACACAAAGACAUGGUUGCAGCAGGCGAAGAAGCGGCAGAAGAAGAUUGAGAAGGAGCGGGCACGUAAACUCGAGGAAGAACUCGAGGAACGAGAGCGGGCUGCGGCGACGGAAUACACUUCGGCGGAUCUGGCUGGUCUGAAGGUCGGACAUGAAGCUGGUGAAUUCGGUGGUGAGGAGGAGCAUAUUCUUACCCUUAAGGAUGCCGCGGUCGACCAGGAAGACGAGGGAGAUGAAUUGGAGGAUCUCGCUUUGAGGGACAGUGAAAAGACGGCUGAGAAAUUGGAGUUGAAGAAGCGCAAACCUGUUUACGAUCCGACCGCGGAAAACGCCGGAAUUCUAGCACAAUACGAUGAGGAGAUUGAGGGUAAGAAGCGGAAACGUUUCACCCUUGAUGCCGCCGGUUCGACUGCCGAAGAACGCGAUGCCCAGCGACAGGAAGUCUCCGAGAAGUUGAAGACGAAUGCCAUCAGCCUUGAUCUAGAUCUGGAGCCCCAGGCUCCUGUAUCGGAUUACAUGGACAUCAGCGAGGUCAAGAUCAAGAAGCCAAAAAAGAAGAAGACGAAGACUACCAAGCAGCGCGCUGUGUUAGAUGACGAGGAUAUCUUCCCGGCCGCCGAGUCGGGCAACGCCCCGGAUGGGACAUCGAUGGAAGUUGACAACAACAACAACAACAACAACAACAACAACAACAACAACAAUGGAACACCGGCGCCAGCCCCUGCUCCGCGAAAGCGGAUAAGCGAAGAUGUUUCGUUCGCUGAUGAUGACGAUCUACAAGCAUCCCUUACACGGCAGAGACGUGCUGCUUUCAAGAAGCGUCAGAGGGUCAAGCCAGAAGACCUUGCGCGACAGCUCCGGGAAGAAGAAUCACAGACACCGAUGGAAGUGGAAAACGCAGAGAACGAAGAGGAACCCGGUCUUGUCAUCGACGAGACUUCUGAAUUUGUCUCCAACCUACAGCGACCUACGCUUCCUGAUCGUCGCGAAAGCCAUAAGACUGCUACACCUGCACCAGAAGAAGCGCCAUCAUCACCCGCGGAAGAGCCUCAUGUCGAGCCAGAAGGCGAUGUAGACAUGGGCCUGACUUACAGUGGCAUCGAGGACGAGGAGGAACUCAAGGAGCGCUUCAAGCAGGACGAGGCCCAGACACAGCAGGAGAUCAGUGGCACUGGUUUGGAAGAGGAAACUACAUUAGACCAAGGAUUGGGAGCUACAUUGUCUAUGCUUAAGCAACGUGGUCUCGUGAAACAGACCGACAGUGCUUCGAACAAUGCACUCUUCCGGGAGCGCCAGCGCUUCUUGCAUGAAAAGCAACACCUCGAAACCGAAGCUGAAAAGCGUGCUCGCCAGCAAAGAGAGCGCGAUCGUACCUCAGGCAAGCUCGACCGCAUGUCUGCUCGCGAGCGGGAAGAACAUGCCCGCUGGGAGAACAAGCAGCGUGACCAGCAUGACGCACGCCACAUGGCCGAUGUGUUCAACCGCGAAUACAAGCCGGACGUACAGCUCAAGUACGUGGACGAAUAUGGUCGUCUCAUGAAUCAGAAGGAAGCCUUCAAGCACCUGAGUCACCAAUUCCACGGCAAGGGCAGUGGCAAGAUGAAGACAGAGAAGCGGUUGAAGAAGAUUGACGAAGAGAAGCAGCGCGAGGCAAUGAGUACAUUGGACAGCAGUCAGCAUACGGGUAUGAACAAUGCGAUGGGGGCGACUGCACGGAAGAACCGACAAGCAGGUGUGCGAUUGGGUUGAUAUCUUCUUUCUUACUAGUAUUUCUUGUCUAUAUACCAGAGGUAGAGGCUAUUGCAUAGGUAAUGGAUGAUGAAUUUUCCGGGGCGUUAAAAGAUACUCCGGACUGACAACGGC